AUGCAAGCGUAUCGCGAUAACUUCAAGCAGACGCCUUGCCCGUCGGCCGUCGACCUGCCAGCCACAUCCUCCACGCGUCUGCCCUUCUCCCGCCAACGUGGGCGUGGCGAGCCGACGACCAGCAACACAAUCAACAACAACAACAACAACAGCACGAGCAACGGCUCCGGCGGCAUCACGCCAAGAAUGCUGAGCCCGGCACCGGGUCCGCCGGGAACGGCGGAUGCCCUGCUCCGUCAGAACCAGGAGCUGCGCCAGCGCCUGGCCGAUGAGUCGCACAGCUAUCGCAAGCGCCUGGACACGUACAAGCAGGCCCAACACAAUCAGGCCAAUCUCGUCAGCCGCCUCCAGUCGAAGAUCCAGCAGUACAGACAGCGCUGCAGCGAUCUCGAGGAGCGCAUGCACGACACCAUCAAGCCGACAACCACGACGGGACCAUGUGCACCCAAGUUGACCACGGGACCAACUGCCAGUCAGGUGCUGUGCUCGACCUCGCUGACCCUGGGUCAGAGCAGCCUGCCGUGCAGCUCUUCGCUAGACUCGCCACCGCCGAGCUGCGGACGUGAUUACUUGCAUGACGAUGCCAGCAGCGAGCUGUGCCGCAAGCUGGAGGAGGAGCACAAUCGCUGCGAGCAGAUUGUGGCCCAGAAUAAUGCACUGCGCCAGCAGCUGGAGGAAUCGAAUCGCACCAACGAGGCGCUAACGAAUGACUUGCAAAAGCUGACCAACGAUUGGGCGAGCAUGCGCGACGAGCUGCUCAUCAAGGAGGAUGAGUUCAAGGAGGAGGAGCAGGCCUUCAAGGACUACUACAACAGCGAGCACAACCGGCUGCUGAAGAUGUGGCGCGAGGUGGUCGCGGUCAAGCGCGCCUUCAAGGACAUGCAGACGGCCAUGAAGGCCGAGGUGGCCAAAAUGGGCCAGGAGAUCAAUGGCGUCGCCAAGGACAUCAACAGCUCCAGCUCCACGGUGGCAUUUGGCCAGCAGCAGGCCAAGCGCGCCGCCGACGAGGAGCUGAGGCAGACGCGCCGCCUCAACGACGAGCUGCAGGCCCAGCUGGCCACGCUCAAGGUGCAGCAUGAGAGCGCCCGGCACGAGAUCAUGGAGCGUGAUCAGCGGCUGCUCGAGCUGAUGAAUCAGCUCAAAAAGCUGGAGGAUCGCUGCGCACAGGCCGAAUCGCAGGCGGCGCUGGCUAAUCGCUAUAAUGAUGAAAUCGAGCGACUGAACAAUUCCAUGCGCGAAAUCGCGCAGGCUGUCGUCCAAGACGCCGAGAUCGCCGAUCGCGAGGCAGACGCCGAGGUCAACGGUGCCAUGCAGCACAUGCAUCUAACGCGUUAUGGAGGCGGGGGAGGAGGAGGCGGUGGCGGAGGAGGAGGAGGGGGUAAAUCGCCGCGUCGCAGUUCGACGCGCGCCUCGCUGGCCUUCGCCGAGGGCACCAUCUCGGCGGUGCAGGCGGCGCUCCACAAAUACCAGCUGGCCCUGCACGACAUGCAGGUCAAGUGCCAGCAGAGCACGGAGACGCUGCGCAGCACCCGAUCUCAGCUGGACACAAGCGAGGGCACCAAACAGCUCCUGACGGGCAAAAUGCAGCAGCUAACGGAGAAGUUGGAUGCCAGCAACUCGAAGCUAUCCGAGCUGCUGCAGGAGCGCGAGAGUCUCCAGAAGACGCUCGACGAUGUCAGAACCCAGAAACAGCAAGCCGAAAUGGGUCGUGCGGAUCUGAAUAAUGCGUUUGAGAAUUUGAGCGGAGACUUUGAGAAGUUGCAGUUGAAUUAUGGCAAGCUGCAGAAACGAAUCGAUUCCAUGGAGGAGGACAAAAAGGCCGUGGAGCUGGAGAUACAGCGCAUACUCAAGGACAAGAACAUCACCGAAUUGAAUCUGAGGUCCGAGGAGGAUCGCAGCAGUCGCCUCAGGGAGGAGACCAUUUCCCUGCGCGAGGAGCUCAACCGCGUCAGCCUGAAUCGGGAUCUUCUGGAGCAGCAGCGCAUCGAAUCGGACAAUUUGAUUAAUUUGCUGGAGAAGCAAAAAUGCGAUCUGGAAUACGACCUGGACAAGCUGCUGCUGGACAAAUGCGAUCUGCAGGAGAAGCACGAGAAGUUGUCCAACAACAACAGCUCCACCAGCGACGAGCUGAAGUCCGUGCAGAGCUGCCUGCUGGAGGCCCAGGAGGAGCGCAAGAAGUUGCGCCUCCAGGCGGCGGAUCAGGCUGGAGAAAUUGGCGAGCUGAAGAAGGAGCUGGCCGUGCUGGACAAGGCACGGCUCGAGCUGGAAACGGACAAUCUGUCGUAUAGCGAGAAGUUGAAGUGUCUGCAGCUCGAAAAGGAGAAGAUCCUGCAGGAUCUGGCCUGCAUGACGCGUGAGAAAUGCGAUAUACACAACCAGCUGACGGCCAUGUGCCGCAAGAAGGAGACCCUCAACGAGGAGCUGAUGCGCUGCCGUCAGCGCUUGGAGCAGACGACGGAGACGAACAAUCGACUGAAUCGCAACAUCGAGGACAUGGUCAAGGAUGUGGAGGAGAAGCAGGUGGUCAUUGAUCUGCAUGAAAAGGACACGCAUCGCCUCAACGAACUCUUGGCUGCCCUGCGCUCCGAGAAGGAAUCCCUCGAGACGGUGCUCUUCGACACGAAUACGACUCUGGAGGCCGUCGAGGAGAAGCGCAGCCAGCUGGAACGUGACCUCCAGGAGGCGCUGGUACGCGAGGAAUCCCUCAAGAAUCAUGUGGCUCGUCUGCAGAAGGAACUGGAGCUGUGCCAGCGCAAGGCGCAGGAGACUAAAACGCAGCUGCUGAACGCGGCCCGCGCUGCCGAGAACGACUUCAGCCAGAAGAUCGCCAAUCUGCAGGCGGCCGCCGAGGAUGCCUCGAAGCGACAUGGCGACGAGGUGCUCCAGCUGCGCAACGCCCUGGAGAAGCGCAUGCAGCAGGCGUUGCAGGCACUGCAAACCGCCAAGGACGACGAGAUCGAGAAGCUGCAGGAACGCCUCGCCGCCUUACAGGCGCACAUCGAGAGCCUGGUGCAGCAGCACGAGGAGACCCUGAUCCGCGCCGAGAACGAGAAGCAGCAAGCGCUGCUCAUGGCCCACCGGGACAAGCAGGCGGUCGCCGAGCGUCUCGAGGCGGUCUCGCGCGACCUGAAGGCCGAGCAGGAGGCGCUGGAUCGCAGCAAGCGCGAGGCGAACGCCCGCGACGAGAAGCAACGCGGCGCCAUAGCCGCGCUCAAGGAUGAGAUCGUGCACAUGCGCACCAGGGAUGAGGAGCACAAGAUCAAACUGGAGGAGUGCAUACGGAAGCAGGAGCUGCAGCUGAACAGCAUGCGGGAGGAGCGCGAAACUCUGUCCAGGCUGAGCGAGGAGCUCAAAAUGGAAAUCCGUCUCAAGGAGGACAAAAUGGAGGCAACCAACAAUGAGCUGCAGGAUGCGCUGCGAAAGACCAAAGAAGGUGAGGGCUACAUCGACAGCCUGCGCAAGGAGCUCACAGACAGCCGGCGGCAGCUGGCGGACAGUAAUAUCGAGCGGGACAAGUACUCCGCCAGCAACAAGGAGCUGCGGGAUCAUGUGAAGCGCGUGGAGAGCGCCAAGCGCGAGCAGGCGCGUGCCAUUGAGGAGGCGCUGCAGAAGAUUAACAGUCUGGAGGAGACCAAGAACUCGCUGGAAAUCGAGCGAACGCGUGUGAGCACCAUACUGAAGGAGACGGAGAAUAAUUUCACGAAGACCACGCAGGAGCUGGGCGCAACCAAGUCGCAGCUGCAUAAGACGCAGCUGGAGUUUGCCCAGAAGGACGAGGGCGGCAAGGAGCUGCAGAGCAAGCUGGCGGCGGAAACGGAGCUCAAGGAGCGGGCGCAACAGGAACUGUGCCAGAUCAAAAAACAGCUGUCGGAUCUGGAGGCAAAUCUGUGCGCGACGCGCCAGGAACUGGGCCGUGCGCGCUGUCACAACAACCAGGAGGAGCAUCGCUUCCAUGCGCGCGAACAGGAGCUGGCCGCGCGCAUGGAGGAGGCGCGCGGUCGCGAGAAACGCCUGGAGGACCAGAAGCACAAUCUGGAGGUCUGCCUAGCGGAUGCCACACAGCAGAUCCAGGAGCUCAAGGCUCGCCUGGGCGGCGCCGAGGGCCGGAUCCGGGCGCUGGACGAGCAGCUGGCCUGCGUGGAGCUGCACAAGCGCGACACGGAGCACAAGCUGAGCUCCGUGGUGCACACGCUGCGCCGCAUCGCGGGCAUCCAGGUGGACGGCAGCGUCAACCUAUCCCAUCGCCUGCUGAGUCCAUCGCGAAGGUUUAGUCCUUCGCGCAGCGUCGGGGAUUACGAUACGCGCAGCACGUCGCAGUGUCCGGAUGCGCCGGUCGAUGUCGAUCCGGAUCUGGUGCGCAAGGGCGUGCGCAACCUGAUGCAUCAGGUGGCCCAGCUGGAGCGCGAAAAGGACGACUACAAAUCGCAGCUGGGCGCGGCCCGGAAGCAGCUGCAGGACGCCGCCGAGCAGCAGCUGCGCUGCGACGCCAAGCUGGGCAAGCUGCAGGCCGUGCUGCGCAAUCUGCAGGAGGAGCGCAGCAAUCUGGAGACGGAUCGCAAGAUGAAAAUCUCGGCGCUGAAUGCGCUCGAGGAGAAGCUGAAGCAGCGCUCGGACGAAUGUCAGAUGCUGCGCGAGCGGCUCGCCCAGACCGAGAUGCAGCUGGCGGCCACGUCCGAGGAGAACGGCCAGAACGAGGAGCGCCUGGAGAAGUGCCGUCAAGUGUGCGGCAAGCUGGACAGCGAGAAGCGUGCGCUGCAGGAGGAGCUGGCCAAGGUGGAGGGACGCGCCAGCAAGCUCGAUCUGCAGCGCGUCGCCAUGGAGGGCGACCUGGCGCGCCUCCAAAUGGCGCUCCAGGAGAAGGAGUGCCACGUGCGGCAGGUGUCGGAGCGACUGGACAACCAGAAUCGCGCCAUGACCCAGCUGGAGGAUCGCUGCACCUCGCUCAAAUCCACCGUGGAUCAGCUCAAGGAGCGCCUGCAAAAAAGCGCCGUCAGCGAGACGCAGCUGCGGGGCGAGAUCAAGACGCUGCAGAAGGAGCUCUCCGAGCAGGGUCACUGCAGCCAGACGAACGAGGACAAGCUGAAGCUGCUGCAGAAGUCACUGCAAACGGCGGAGAACGAGAAGCGCAUCCUGACCGAGCGACUGGACAGCGCCCAGACCAAUCUCAACGAGCUGCGACGCAGCCAGCAGGCGCAGCUCGAUGGCAACCAGCGGCUGCAGGAGCAGGUCACCGAUCUCGAGGUGCAGCGCUCGGCGCUCGAGUCGCAGCUGCGCAUCGCCAAGUGGAAUCAGGAGAACGGCGACAAGGGAUUGAACAGCGGGAAUGGAGGCGCCGGCGGCGGCGGCGCUGGCGAGGAGGAGGAGCUGUGUCGCCAGCUGAAAUCGUCGCAGCGCGAGAAAUCGGAGCUGCGCAGCAAACUGCAAACGCUGCAGGACAAGGUCAAGCAGCUGGAGUCCGACCGCAAGAGCAAAUUCGCUGGGGGCAGCGCCUACGAUCGUGCCGAGAAGGCGAGCUCCUAUUAUGGCGGCGCCGGGGAUGCUGGUGAAUAUGACUCCAAUCGCUAUGAUGUCGGUCCUGGGGCAGCCUACAGCUGCGGCCUGGAUCACAGCAUCAUUGAGCAGGAGACGCGCGACUUGCGCCUGAAGGUGCGUCGCCUGGAGACGCUGCUCGCGGAAAAGGAAUCGGAGCUGGCGCGCUGCAAAGCGCGCAUGCAUGACACCGCCAAGUGCUCGGAUGGAUUGGACACGGAUCGCUAUCGCAGCGCCCAAAUGCAUGCCGAGAAGCUGCUCGACGCCCGCGAGCAGUCGCACAAGCAGCAGGUGCUGCGCCUCGAGAACCAGAUUUCCAUGCUGCGCGAGCAACUGGCUCAGGAGGCCAAGCGGCGACAGCAAUACAUCCUGCGCAGCUCCAAGGCCAAUCGCGAGAUGCAACAUUUGCGCAGCACAUUGGGCGACUCCCUGCGCAACGUCUCCCAGCAUCCCGUGGAUGCCCAUUUGCUGGAAAGCGAAAGCAGACGCUUGGACUCUGCAGUAUCCAUGAGCCUACCGCCGUCAACGUGUCGUGAUUACGAUCGCGAUUAAUGGAAAGUGCAAUCGCGUUGUCAUCUGGUAACUUGAUCCCGCCAAGACGUAACGUUAACUGCCAGCGUAUGGAUAAAUACGUGCAUUUAUUUUAGAGGCAAACGCUUAAGAUUACAAAAAUCAUGAUAAAAAAAAACAUAUUUAAAAUCGCGUUAUUUAGUUGACCAUUCGCAACCCUUGAAGAGCUUCAAAUACGAUUCUAGCUGUUCAUUGUCUGCCUUGAUAGACAAUCGAAUAUAGUGCGUUCCAUUUUUUCGCAUUUAAUUGGUUUUUCCUGAAUUUGGACAUAUAUCAUAUAUGACACACAAGCAUAAUUUACAAUUAUUAUACAUUAAAGGGUCACAAGUUCCGCUUCUCCUCGACAGGCAGGAGAGCACAGAACUACACAUAUAUCAUAUAUGAGCUAUAAAUCGAUCACAUAAUAAUUUAUAUAACAUUGUAUGCAUUAAUAUUGUCAUGCACAUUCAACAUUUAACUUAACUAAACUAAAUACAGCAUGUGUUCAAGAACUUACAGCAUAAUUUAUUAAAUAUACAAAAAUAAACACGUCCAAUAACACUUUAA